AAACAAAAAAUAAUAAAGUAUAUAAAAAUAAAUAAAUAAAUAUAAAAAUGGAUUCUGCUACAAUAAUGCACUUAAAAGGACUUAUUAUGGGCGAAGAAGAAGACGAUGAAAAUUAAUUAGUUAGAAACGCGAAUCCUGGUUCAGUAUUAAAUCCAUCACAAAUAGAUGGCAAAUCAAACGAAAAUAGAUCUCAAGCAAAGCCAUUUGCAAAAAUAGAUAUAAAAAAAGGAAACGAAACAUAAGAUUUAAAAUAAAAAGUAGUUUAAAAGGUACCACAAUAACAAUAAUAAUAAUAAAAAGAAAACAAAAGCAGCGAUAUUUGGGGCGAAGAUGAGGUUAAAGAACUCCCUAUUCUUAAAAAUGAUGAUAGAUAAAUGCCUGAUGUUGAAGUUUUAUAUAAAUAAAGGGUAGGAACAGAAGAUGUUUAUUUAGGCAUGUCUAAUAUGGAUCCUUCUUCUACUAAAUGUUAGGAUUUUUUGAUUAAAGUACAUCUUCCUGAUACCAAAUUCAAGGAUAUUUAAUUAGACAUUAAUUCUACAGCAAUGGUAGUUUAAAGUCCUAAAUAUUAUUUACAUCAUGCUUUCCCUUAUUAAGUUAGGGAUAAAGAUGGAAAAGCUUAAUGGAUUUCCGAUAAAUGUAUUCUUUAAAUUACUUUACCUAUUAUUAGAGAAGAAUUAUUUUGAAUAUUAUAUAAUUUUAUAUUGUUUAAAUUUUACAAAUAAAUAA